CUGGAAACUGGUUUUCACUCGUUACCACAGCCACAAAGUCAAAACUGUCUUUAUCGUAAAGAUUAAUGAUUUUUCUGUUGCUUUUUUCUAGUUUUAGUUUUAGGUUAGGGUUAGGCAUAAGGUUAGCAGUGUGGUAAAGGUUAGGUAUAACAUUUUAUUUUAAAACCAUACAUUGAAGAAAUAGGCGGUGUUUGUGACUUUGUGACUGUGGUAAUUAAGGACGACCCUGCACACUGGACUUUACACUCAGUUGGGAAUGAGGGGGGUGAAUGGCGGUACCGCCAGUAAAAACAAUGGCAUUUAAAAAGGUCCCAGAUUUCUCUCUAAACGGAAAGUAAUGAAAGAGUAAACUAUGGAGACCUUCCUAAUGUUAUUAAACGAGUUGUUUCUCAUCAAGCUUCUUCUUAUGUUUCUCUCCAGCGGACAAGUGUUGGGAGCCUCAUUCUACGGGGAUGGAUAUGUCCAGCUGAGGACUGUGGAGUUGUCCAGCCGAACGUCGCUCCAUGUGCGCUUCCGCACCUCAAGUCACAGUGGACUACUUUUCAUGGCUGCCGGGGAGACAGACUUCCUCCUGCUAGAGCUGCACUCUGGUCGCCUGCAGGUUCAGUUGGAUUUGGGAUCAGGUGAGCGUACCCUCCGCUCUGAGAAGGGGGUUCAUCUGAACGACUUGGCCUGGCACUCUGUGGAGCUCCAACACGACCAGCACAACGUCACUCUGUCGGUGGACCGCCACUCUCACACCAGCGUCAGGAUCCCCGGGCCAGACCUGGACCUCAGUGUCCAUGAUGGGUUGUUCGUUGGUGGGACGGUUGGCCUGGACAAACCCUAUCUCCAUAGUGACGAUGCCACAGGCUUCCGCGGCUGUGUUGACGAGGUGCUCUUCAACCAGCACAACUUGCUGUCCAGCCUGAGGCCCUACUCAGGAUAUAAGAGUGUCCAUGAGGUGUCUCUGGGCUGCAGUUCUCAGUUUUCUGCAGGCGAAGACGACCCCAUCAGCUUCUUCAGUUCCAGGGCGUACAUAUCCCUGCCCCCGUGGGACGUCCCUCAGGAGGGGGUGUUGGAGUGUGAGGUACAUACCUCCUCCGAAGAGGGGAUUGUCCUGUACAGCUCUGCCCACCAGAGUGACUUUAUUGCCAUGGAGAUCCAAGCGGGGACUUUGGUGGUUGUCGUUGGUAACGGCGGGACUAGGACGGAGCUGCACUCCCUCACGUACGUCAACAACCAGAAAUGGCACCGGGUGAAACUACACUUGCUUCCCCACAGCCUGCAGCUGACUGUAGGUAAGGACAACCUGUACGGACCACGAUGGAAAUAA